CUAUAGUAUUUGGAAUUGUCGGUGGAGUAUUUUGUAAUGUUGCUGUUAAGUUGAAACAUUUGUUGGAUUUUGAUGACGCAUUGGAUGUUUUUGCUGUUCAUGGAGUCGGUGGUAUAUGUGGAAAUAUACUAACCGGUAUAUUCGCACAAAAAGAUGUCGCGGCUUUAAGUGGCGAAAUUAUUAAAGGAGGUUGGUUAGAUGGAAAUUGGGUACAAGUGCUUUAUCAAAUUGCUGAUUCCUGUGCUGGUUUGGCUUAUAGUUUUUGUAUUACCUAUAUUAUUUUGUUCUUGAUGGAUAAAGUUCCCGGUUUAAGUCUAAGAAUUGAUCCAGAUUCUGAACACCUUGGUAUUGAUGAAGCUGAAUUGGGCGAAUUAGCUUAUUAUCAUGUUGACCGAGUCGCUAAUAUGAUACAAUUACAUAAUACGAAUGUGACUAACGCUAUUUCUAUUAAUCAUGGGAAAAAUGCCGUACCUAUUAUGCAAUCAAAUAAUCAAUACUAUGGUGAUUCUAUUCACUGA